ACUAUAGCAUUCUGGGCUGGGACUUGCGGUUGUGCUUGUUAGUAGCAUCUGAAUAGACAAAGCCAUUGCGGUUGUGCUCGUUAGUAACAUCUGAAUAGACAAAGCCAUUGCGGUUGUGCUCGUUAGUAACAUCUGAAUAGACAAAGCCAUUGCCGUUGUGCUUGUUAGUAGCAUCUGAAUAGACAAAGCCAUGGCGGAGAGUCUGUGCGUUGUUGUGCUCCUUUUGUGUGGGACUCUGAUCCCCUUCGUGACCGCUGGUGAUGACUGUGAGGGCUACAUCGAUGCCAGCAGCCGAUACCAAUCCAAGCAGUCCUGCGGUGUGUUCCAGGAGUGCUGUGGAACGUGUGAGAAUAGAUACUGCUGCAUCAAUGGCUACGGACAGAUGGGGAAGUCUGAACAGAGCAGCUGCUUUUUCAGUAGCAGCAGCAGCAGCAGCAGCACGUUCACCAUCUGGCCGUUCAUUACAAUACCUGUCAUCUUCCUGAUUAUUUUAAUCUCUUGCUGCUUGUGUCCCUGCUGCUGCUUGUACAACAUGUGCCGGAAGCCCAGACCGGUGAUAGCCACGACCUCGCACACCACAGUGGUGAACACACAGUUCACCCAGCAACCUCAGCAGCCCAUCCAUCUCUACCAGGGUGGCCCCCAGUACCCAGCCUACCAGCCCGUACCCAUCCAGCCUGGGUAUGGGGCUCAGCCUCAACCCGGCUACGGAGGAGGGCAGCUCAUGCCCACAGCACCGGGCAACCAGGGACAGCACUUCCAGCCAGGACCACCCCCUCCCUACCAAGACACUGGUUCAGCCUAUCCUCCUGCUAUCCCAGUGCCUUAUAGUCAGGCUGGGUUCAGUCCAGGACAGCCAUCUUACCCCAUCCAGCCUCCAGCUCAGCCUGGCUACCCAGCCCAGCAGCCCGGCUACCCUGCCCAGCAACCAGGCUAUCCAGCCCAGCAACCAGCCUACCCAGCCCAGGCUGGCGCGCCUCCCGCCCAGCCUGACUCCCUCUCUGCUCAGCCUGCCUACAACCCUGCCUUCGUCGACUCCCAACCUCCGAAAACUGGCUACUGAAUCAAUUCUCCAUCACUGUCUGUCUGACGCAGUUCUCCAUUAUCCACAGGUCUCCCUCCCGUUCCCCACCACCCCACAGGUCUCCCUCCCUCCCGUUCCCCACCACCCCACAGGUCUCCCUCCCGUUCCCCACCACAGGUCUCCCU